AUGGCCACACAACGUUGGCUCGCCAAGCCAGGUGUUCGAGACUCUCAAAAUGCGAAGGCGCGUGUUCGCACAGCUCGCAAUAGAGCAAAUCUCAAGAAAAAAGGAAUCCAGUCUCACGUUGACAGCCCAUUCGAUGACGAAGGCAUGGCUGCCAUCGGAUCACCCCCAUCAGAUGGCGAAGAUAUUGUGGCCAUCGGAUCACCCCCAUCAGACGGCGAAGAUAUUGUGGCCAUCGGUUCACCCCCAUCGCACAACAGUUAUGGUCAGUUUAAUCAUGACGACAGUGUCCUCAGCAUGGAAAACGAUCCAUCGGACAGUCAUGAUCAGUUCGAUCAUGAUGACAGUAUCCUCAGCAUGGACAACGAUCUACCAUGCUCUUGCGAUGUUCCAACACUGCAAGCACUUGAAAUCCUCAUUGGACAAUGGCAGAAGGACUGGGGGUCAGAAAGCACCACGUGGAAUGAAGUGUUUGAUACAGAACUUGCAUGCUCUCGCGCAAAGGGAGAACAGGCCGCUACUUUAUUCUUUGAUCAAGUCGCACAACGAGCUAUGGAUGGGAGGAUGCUACUGGAAAGUAUUCGGGAUGUCGUGCACACACACUGCUCAUAUUGCAGGGAGCGCCUUAAGUACGAUGCCAUCCUACUGUACGACUUACUAGUUUUAGUCCUUUCAGAGGUAAAAUUCUUCGAAGUCAAACUAGAUACACGAACAGAUAGUGAACGGAUAGCGAAUUCAUAG